AUGUUCCACCCGCCAAAAAAGUCGUCUCCGGACAACGCGCAAUCGACAUUCCCGGAGCCCGUGUCCAGGCCGCAGACGCACCUGCGGACGAUCCCAAUCGUGGUGUGCCUGAUCGCCACGCAGCUCGCGCGCUCAUCUCGCGCUCAGGCGCCGCGCAACGUGGGCCCGCCUCUCUGCCUGUCAACGGUUGCUACGUCUACACAACCUGGGCGGUCCUCGAACCCUGGCCCAACCUCAACUCGUUUGUCUGCGGCUCGCCGUGUGGACGACCUCACCCAGCAAGACAUUGACGAGGACGCCCAGGAACCCCAGGAGGGCGACCGCUCUCACAAGGACAACCCUCGCGACUGGCACGCUGCCCUCAGAUUCGUUGAUGACGAUGAGUCCGAGCCUGAGGAGGAAGAGGACGAAGAGGAUACCCAAGAAGACACAGGUGAACUCGAAGAAGACGAGGACAGCGAAGACGACCUCCUCGAUGGCGAGCUCGACGACAGCAACGAAGUCUCUUCGCCUGAAUUGGCCCAAUUCCUCGCCUUCCUCAAGCUCAAGCGGAAGGAUAGGGUUAACUCCAAGGGAGGCCGCCUUGUUCAACACUUCACCAAGUGGGGUCGGCACUGUCAUCGAUUGAUCGGUGCAUACACCGACGUCGCCAAGGUGAUCAUCUGCGGGCUGUCGAUCCUCAAGGCUAGACCUAAGAACCCCGAGGACUACGACGCGUGUUACAAGGCUAUGCCCAAUAUGAGCGCAGCAACGGCCCAAUUCUACAUGAAGAAGUUCUUCUAUAUGUGCGGCAAGAUACCCAAGCUCACCAUAGUGUCCUCCAACCUCCUUUCACGCGCCGUUUAUGUGUUCGCGUUCGCCAAAUUUAUGAGAGUGCAAGCAUCUGCAGGCCGAUCUACUGACAUUGGAACUCUGCGCCGCUCCCUCACGUCCUACCUUCCAACUGUUGUGUAUGCGAGUGGUCAUAGCAUCCUCCCACUUAGCAGGGCUCAAUACAACACUCUCAAGACGCGCAAUGCUGGCUAUUACUCGCCUAGCACUGCACGUCUGAUAAUCCCCAUCGACGAGCGGGACGACUUCGACGCCGCUGACGAUCUCGCAGCGUACUGCAAACGUAAGGCCACCCAACACAAGAACUACAUGCAAGGCACCUCUCAGCAGGCAAAGAACUCCCGAGCGAAGCGCACCAGUGUGGUGUCCUUCAAGGACGACGAGUCGCUCCCCAGCUUCCUAUACCCGACAUAUCAAAAAUACGAUCCCGCCAACCCGCAAGCCGCAAUUUUCAAGGGCGACUUCUUCCUAGACAUGAUACGUCAUCUAUGGAAGGGACCUUCCGCGGUCGGGCGUGACCUCGGGGAGCCGGGCUUGGGGCGCGCCUGCCUGGCCAACAUCUAUGGCGUCACCAAGAUGACGCCAGACUACAUCGCGUACACGGCGUCGAUCAUACGUUUUUUGCUGCUCACGGACGCGCGCUGGAGCGGUGAUGACAAGCAGCGUUCAGGCCAUCGCUUCCACGUCACUCUCCACGAGCUUUUGUUGGGGGAAUAUGAAGCUUGGGAAGAGGACGUGGAGAGUGGCCAGCUCGCGUGCGGCGUCGACAAGAAUGUCGACAACAUCAUCUCGUACUUCAACAAAUGCCUCUUGGGCUCAGAGUAUGGUCAUCCCGACGAGCAAAACCCCAUCUUUUGGGAUGUCGGGUACACGGACGAUGGCAAGGACACUCUUCGCGUACGGAUCCUCAACGCGCGCAAAGCUGAACUAGAGGCGCUUCGCGACGACGCCCUGAAGGCCAAGCUCAACAUGUCUGCCAAUCCGCGCGAGGCCUCACAGUCUCGAUCCCCUUCGGUGACGAUGUUCGAUGGUCCACCUGCGUCUUCCCCUCCCACUUCACCUCCGCCGUCGUCUCCUCCCUCUGCGCUUCCUUGA